AUGGGUUCUGAACUUAACAUUCUCUGUCUCUUUGGGCAAUGGCUGCUGCUUCUUGGACUUUCUUAUUCACAUCCCUUAUGCACUGACUCAAUUGCACCUUUUACUCCAAAGAAGCCUCUUACCUUCUGCCCUUAUAGUGGAAGUGUCUGUUGUGAUUCUGCCAAAGAUCUUCAAUUGCAGAAACAGUUUCAGUCAAUGAACAUCUCAGAUCCUGCCUGUGCUUCUCUUAUGAAAUCAAUUCUCUGCGCGACUUGUGACCAAUUCUCGGCUCAGCUAUUCGAUAUUGGUACUAGACCUCGGGCAGUUCCUGUACUAUGCAACUCCACCAUUUCAGUGGGUUCAACUCAGUCUAACAAUGCAGCAAAUGACUUUUGUGGAAAGGUCUGGGAUACAUGUCAAAAUGUGUUCAUCAAUGCCCACCCUUUCACUCCACUGCAAGGUAGUUUUGGAGUACCUACUAGUACCACUUCUUGCAAACUAACUGAUCUUUGGAAGUCGAAAAGUGAUUUCUGCAAAGUAAAUGGUGGAGCUUCUGGUUUCGAUUCAGUAUGUUUUGCUGGUGACCCUGUUUCACUAAUAAAUGCUGCAACUGUGGAUCCUCCCAGUGGUGUAUGUCUUGAGAAAAUUAGUAAUAUGACUUACCUUAAUAUGGUUGGUCAUCCUGAUGGGUCUAACCGUGUCUUUAUGACUGAUCAACAAGGUAGAAUAUGGCUGGCAACUGUUCCUGAUGUGGGAUCUGGGAAAACAUUAGGACCUGAUGAACUGACUCUGUUUCUAGAUUUAUCAGACAAAAUUUAUUAUGAUUACCUUCUUGGAUUAAUGGGUAUUGCAUUUCAUCCAAACUUUGUGAACAAUGGGCGCUUCUUUGUUUCCUUCAACUGCAAUAAGACUAAAUGGGAUGGAUGUUUUGGGAAGUGUUCAUGUAAUUCAGAUGUGAACUGUAAUCCUUCAAACUUUACUUCUACUUAUGGGUUUCCUCCAUGCCAGUAUUCUUCUGUCAUCUCAGAAUUCACUGCAAAUGGCACAUCGGGAAAUUUCUUGGCAACUAAGGGUAACCAAACAGAAAUUAGAAGGAUAUUUUCUAUGGGGCUUCCAUUUGAAAAUGAACAUGGUGGUCAGAUUCUCUUUGGACCCUCAGAUGGAUAUUUGUAUUAUAUGAUGGGAGAUGGUGGGGGUGUUGCUGAUCCUUACAAUUUUUCCCAAAACAAGAAAUCUUUGCUUGGAAAGAUUAUGAGGUUCGACGUGGAUCACUUUCCAAGUGCAAGACAAAUAAAUGAACUUGGACUAUGGGGAAAUUAUUCUAUCCCCUUAGACAAUCCAGUUUUUGAAGACAAUGAACUCCGACCUGAAAUUUGGGCUUUGGGACUAAGGAAUCCUUGGCGUUGUGAUUUUGAUUCGAAGAGGCCUUCCUACUUUCUCUGUGCAGAUGACGGCGAGGAUAGAUAUGAAGAGGUAGAUCUUAUCACUAAGGGUGGAAACUAUGGAUGGCGUGUUUAUGAAGGUCCCUUACUUUUCAAUCCUCCACAAUCUCCUGGUGGAAAUACAUCCGCAAGCUCAAUAAAUCCCAUCUUCCCUGUAAUGGGAUAUGAACACUCUUCUAUAAAUCAGGACCUAGGUUUUGGGGGGGCAGCAAUCAUAGGUGGCUACUACUAUCGGUCCACGACCGAUCCAUGCCUGUAUGGAAGGUACAUAUAUGCAGAUUUUUUCGCUGAAGUUAUAUGGGCAGGUACUGAAAAUCCUGAGAAUAGUGGGAACUUCACUAGCAACCAGAUUCCUUUCACUUGUGCUUAUGACUCUCCAAUCCAAUGUAGCUUCACACCAGGAAUUCCUUUCCCUGCUUUGGGUUUUAUAAACUCAUUUGGGGAGGAUAACAAUAAGGAUGUCCAUAUUUUUGCCACCAGUGGCGUGUAUAGAAUUGUUCAACCCAGUCGCUGCAACUAUCUGUGUUCGAAUGCUACAUCUGCUGCAGGUCUACUCCCUUAA